AUGUCUGCUUCUACGUCGUCGCUGGCAUCGACCCUUAGCCUUGCGCUGACGCAGAGCGAAGCACUCCACCGGCAGCUGGAGGAUAGCAAUGGAACGAUUGAACGCCUCAAACGCGAGAAUGAGAGGCUGAAGCACGAGAUCCAGGAAUUGCGUCAGGCACAUAUUCAGACGCAAGAGGUCGGGCCAGAGCUUGCGGCCCAGCUCGACCAGCUGUUCCGGAAGGACGCAGAGAAGCAAGCGGAGAUUGACAGUUUGAAGAAUCAGCUCCGCAAGGAGAGAAGACGCUCACAGAACGCACACCUGUCUUCUCCCCUGGUGCCGAGCGACGACCAAACGCCAAGAAAUGUCAGUCGGAAGCGACAGAGAGCCAGCAGUAUGGAAAAGAAUGAGCCUCUGGCACAAAUCGAAUCAAAUGCUCCCUCAGCAAGUCGCACGGUCCGAACGUCGAAAUGUAGAGGUUCGAGUGAGCGAGGAGCGGGAGCUAUCUCGUCUGUUACAGAAGAUGGCAUUGAUCACAAUCGAGACGAUACAGAAAAUCUACCGGAAAAGCGUGCUUAUCCAAAGACUUCUCCCCGCCAGCGCUUGCAGACAUUGCUAACAGCACCCGCGCCUGCUGCCGUUGUACCUCCUCGUCCCAGUUCCGUCAGAAAGGCUCCUGUCACAGACAAAGCAGCAGAGAAGAAUGAGCCUCUCCGUUCCCGGCCCCUCCUUCAGCUCGAUCUCUCCCACUUCAAAGUCAACCCCAAAUACACUGGAGGUCUCGAUUAUGCGUUCCAGGAUGUUGUCCGUAACAAGGAAGCGAGGAAAUGUCUACCCGGCUGUAUGCGACCGGAAUGUUGUGGGACGAAAUUCAGAGUCCUGGCAGAAACACUGCCCCGUGACCCUAACGUCUGUGAUGAUGACCUCUUGCGUGAAUUCCUCGGGCCUGGGUUAGCACACAAAAUACAUUCAUUGACGCCUUUGGCGAGAGCAAAUCUAGUGCAUGAAGCUCGGGCGAACGCGCUUGCCAAAGAGUAUGGAAGGAUGCACAGGGCGAAUUUCGCUUUACCGUCUACCCCUCCAGGGUUCUGGGACGUUGAUAUUCCAUCCACGCAAGAGCAAACCGAGAUUCAGGAGCAAGCACGCCAGAGACAGAGGGAGGAGGUUGAGAAGCGGUAUCAAGAGGCUAUGAAGGGCGGACGCUGGAUCUUCGCCGAUGAGUGA